AUGACGCUCAAAGUCAAGUAUAUGGGAGAGUACAACUACGUACCUUCCGUUGCCGCCGCGUCCAGAGCUAUCUCAGGUAGCCAAUACCCCGACUACAAGCUGGGCCCAAUCGCCCUGACCAAGAUUUUUGUCUUGGGAGACAUCAUAGCCUUCCUCACCCAGCGCCGUACCCUCGUCCAACAAACUGCCAGCAGUUUCUCCACCGGCGAGACGGUCAUUGAAAUCGGCCUGAUCAUCCAGGUCAUCUUCUUCGGUCUCUUCAUCCUGAUCAGCGUACUCUUCCACGUCCGACUCGUCAAAUCCGGGUUUGCGGAGCGGUACACGAGACAUGUGCCGUGGAGGCGACAUAUGCACGCGCUCUACAUCGGCAGCGUCUUUAUCUUCAUCAGGUGUAGCUUCCGUCUGAUUGAAUAUGACCAGGGGACGACGGGUACAUUGCUGCAGCACGAAUACUGGGUCUAUAUCUUUGAUGCGGCCAUGAUGUUGAUCGUUAUGGCGGUGUUCAGUUGGAUUUAUCCGGUGGAGGUCACGGAGCUUUUGAGAGUGUUUUACGGACCGGAUUCGGGGACAGAGUUCCCGUUGCAUGGGUGA